AUCCAUUUCAUCCUCUCUCUCUCUCUCUAAGUGUGUUUCAUGUGAGUGGAAAGCAGAGGAAGAGAUAAAAAGGAGGAUAGCAUAUAGAGAAAGAAAAGAGUACAAUGGAAAGUCCUACAAGUGCAAAAGAAAGGAUGAUAGAAGCUCCAUCAUCAAAGAGAAGGAAGGUUGUUCAGAAGGUUGUUGUCACAGUAAGGGUUGAAACUAAAGCAGGGAAACAGAAGAGUGAAGGUCCACCUUCUGAUUUUUGGUCUUGGAGAAAGUAUGGACAAAAACCCAUUAAAGGCUCUCCUUAUCCAAGGGGAUAUUAUAGAUGUAGCACUUCAAAGGGAUGUUCAGCAAAGAAACAAGUAGAGAAGUGCAAGACUGAUGCAUCAAUGCUUAUAAUCACUUAUACAUCAAAUCACAAUCAUCCAGGGCCUGACCUUCUAUCAAUCCAACCACAAACAAAAGUGAAUUCCAAAUGUAAAGAAGAAGAAGAUGAUGAAGAAGAAGAAGAAGAAGAAAUAGUGAAGAAUGAGAAGAAAAGUACAGAGGAAAAUGACUUCUUUGAUGAACUUGAGGAGUUGCCAAUUUGCUCAUCUUUGAGGAGUAGUUUCUUUGAUGAUAAAAGCCUUUUGCAACUUUCCUAGACUAGUAGUAGUACUACUACUGUACUAGAACUAACAGAAGGCUAGAAGAUGUUCAUAGAUAACACUAGUGCUUUACUUCUUCAAUCUCUUUAUGUUUCUCUCUCUAGUUUCUUUGUAGUGCAUAAGGACAAAUUGCCAGCAACCACAGAAGGCUAAAAAGAUCUAUAAUGGUGGCUAGUUGUAUUAAAAGCACUAAGACAGAGCAUGAGUUCUGUGAUGUCGCUACUCUUUUAGUGUGACUCUCUCUCUCUCUCUCUCUUUCAAAAGUGCAACUUGAUAAUUGAAUGGAUGUAGUGAACUAAUCAAUCCAAGGAAGUGAAUGGAGGAAUAUAUAUGAUUCAGUUUGGAAA